AUGGAAACCCAGCAAUGCAAUGUUUGCCGAUCCGCCGACGCCGUAGCCCUCCACAACCUCCACCACCGCGGCGCACUCGCCUUCCUCUGCUCAGCCUGCGUCCUCCGCCGCCACCCUGGCAAAUUCUGCCCCCUCUGCUUCGAAGCGUACGACGACGCAACAACCACCGCCAACACCCGCCCCUCCGCCCACUCGCGCAUCACGUGCCACCGCUGCACCGCCGUGGUCCACUCCGCUUGCCUCCCCUCCUCCGUCCGCCCCUCCUCCACCACACUCCGCUACCUCUGCCCCCAGUGCUCCCACCCCUCCUCUUCCCCCGUGGUCGAUUCCAAAUCCGACGACGGCAGACCGGUGGUUUUCACUAGGGAUUUGGCCAAACAAAUCUUCUGCGCCGCCAAAAUUGUCUCUGUAAUCAUGCACAAGGCAGCGGCGGCCGCCAGAGCCGAUGCCGAACAGAAAGCCGGAGAAGCCAUAGCGGCGAAGAAGAAGGCCAAACAAGCUAUUGAGAGGGCCUCUUAUGUGAUGGCAAAUGAACAGGCUCGUGCGAUCGCCAAUCAGCAGGAAGAGGACGACUCCGACAUAGACGACGAAUGA